UUCCAUUUCAAAGACAAAAGAUAACCAAAUCAAAAUGGGUGUGUCCCAAAAAUGGUUCAGAAUUGUUCGAGGCAGAUUCCUCCGAUCAUCCAACAAAAACAUCAUCAUUCUCCCUCGCAGCAAUGAAAGCGAAGAAGCCAUACUUAGCAACGAAGACUUCACUUUUCCAACACCAAUUUCUUUGGUCACUGAAGAAGAUGUUGCGGCAAUUAAGAUCCAAGCUUAUUUCAGGGGACAUCUAGCGAGACGAGCUUAUAGGGCUUUAAAAAGCCUAGUGAAGCUUCAAGCAUUGGUUCGUGGGGUGUGGGUGAGGAAACAAUCACGUAUAGCAAUGCAAUGUAUGCACGCACUUGUAAGAUUGCAAGUAAGGGUUCGUGCAAGGCAGCUACUAGGUAGCUUUGAUAAGGAACAUGUAUAAUCUUCUCCAUUGGCCAUAUAUAAGAGUUUUAAUAAAUCCAUGUCCAAAUUAUUCAUUACUUUUUUGUCCAAAAUUAUUUUUACUAUAUGUAAACAUUUACAAGAAUGAACGAUUUCA